AUGACAUAUGAACCAUAUUGUAUGCUUUCUUAUUAUUCAUCAUUUAAUGCUAAUGAUGAAAAUCAAUAUGAAACAUCGAAUAUAAAUUAUAAUUCAAAUUCUUAUUCAAUAUCAAAAGAACCAAUGACAAUUUCUAUAGAUUCAAAUACAAAACCAAUACAUCGAUCAAAACAUAUUCCACAUUAUUUACGACCUAAACAUAUUGUUGAAAAACGUAAUAGACGUGAACGAAAACGUGUACACAAUGUUAAUCAAGCAUUUCUAAUACUUCAAGCACUUCUACCAUUUAAUAUAAAUAAUAAUAAAAAUCAAUUAAAUUCUACUCGUAUAUCAAAAGUUUGUACACUUCGUAAAGCUAUUGAUUAUAUAGAAGCACUUCAAAAUAUAUUAAAUGAAAUAAAUUAA